AUGAGCGAAAAUAAGGGCCUUGGUUGGAUGUAUGAAGGAGCAAAGUCACUUAUAAAUCGGGAAGAUUAUCUUUUAGGGAAGAAGAUUGGAAAAGAUUUUGAGAAGUACUCUGAUGUAGUGAAUGAGCAGAAACCGGAAGCCUUCGAUGCGGUCAUACAUACUCGUACUGUCACCACACCUCAACCAUCUGCAGUCAAAACCAGUGCUCUAGAGACUUACGUUGUUGCGACGGAAGAUCCACUGGUAGCCGUGAAGGCUAGUUUCUUCAUUCAUAUUCUAGAAGGGUUUUGA